AUGUCAUCCGACUCUUCCAAUAUUUUGGUCGUGAAACGAAACCAAGAAAGAGAGCCCUUCUCCAAUGAGAAGAUUAGAAUUAGACUCCAGGACCACUUGAAAGGUCUUGAACACAUCAACAUGGACUCCAUUGUGGAGAAAUUGAGAUCCGAAAUCCACAAUGAUAUUACCACCGAGAAACUUGAUAACCUUUUGGCUGAAUGUAUUGCCUACAUGGCUUACAGCCAUCCUGAUUAUUUGAGACUUGCUGGACGAGUGAAGAUUUCCACUCUCCACAAGAAGACCAAGGCCGUCUUCUCUGAAGUCAUUACUGAUUUGCGAAAUUUCAUUCAUCCAAGAACUGGAUUACCUUCUCCAUUGAUUUCCGAAGAGGUUUUCAAUGUCGUGCAGCAGCACAGCGAAACUCUCAAUGCUGCCAUCAAGAUGGAACGAGAUUAUCAAUUCGAUUACUUUGGCUUUAAGACUCUUGAAAGAAGCUACUUGCUCAAACUCGGAGAUGUUAUUGCCGAACGACCUCAACACAUGUUCAUGCGUGUGAGUUUGGGCAUUCAUGGUUCCGAUAUUGAGAAGGCUAUUGAAACCUACGAAUUACUUAGCACUGGUAUGUUCAUCCACGCCUCUCCUACUCUCUUCAAUGCUGGUACUCCCACUCCUCAAAUGAGUUCUUGCUUCUUAGUGGCCAUGAAAGACGAUUCCAUUUCAGGUAUUUACGAUACACUCAAGACGUGUGCCUUGAUAUCCAAGAGUGCUGGUGGUAUCGGCUUGUCCGUUCAUAACAUUCGUGCCUCUGGAUCCUACAUUCGAGGAACCAACGGAACCUCCAAUGGACUCAUUCCCAUGCUUCGUGUAUUCAACGACACUGCCCGUUACGUGGAUCAAGAUGGUGGUAAACGAAAAGGAGCCUUUGCCGUUUAUUUGGAGCCUUGGCAUUCCGAUAUUUUUGAUUUUUUAGAUUUGAGAAAGAAUACUGGAAAGGAGGAAAUUCGAGCUCGAGAUUUGUUUUUGGGUUUGUGGGUGAAUGAUUUGUUUAUGGAGAGAGUGAAGGAGGAUUCUCAUUGGUCACUCUUUUGUCCUAAUGAAGCUCCUGGACUUGCUGAUGUGUGGGGUGAAGAGUUUAAUGAAUUGUAUUUGCGUUAUGAGAAGGAGGGUCGUGCACGCCGUGUCGUUCGUGCUCAAGAGCUUUGGUUUGCAAUUAUUGAGGCACAAAUUGAGACUGGUGUUCCUUACAUGCUUUAUAAGGAUGCAUGUAAUAGAAAAUCAAAUCAACAAAAUCUUGGAACGAUCAAAUCCUCCAACUUGUGUACUGAAAUUAUUGAAUACACAGCUCCAGAUGAAGUAGCUGUGUGUAACUUGGCAAGUAUUGCACUUCCAAAGUAUGUCAAUGAGACGACACGUACCUACGAUCAUGAACAAUUGUUUGAAAUUGUCAAAAUUGCCACCAAGAAUUUGAACAAGAUCAUUGACAAGAAUUAUUAUCCAGUUGAGGAAGCUAGAAAGAGUAAUAUGAGACAUCGUCCCAUUGGUUUGGGUGUUCAGGGAUUGGCCGAUGCCUUUAUCAAGAUGCAUCUUCCCUUCGAGAGUGAAGAAGCCAAGAUUUUGAAUCGAGAAAUUUUCGAAACAAUAUAUUUUGCUGCAUUGACAGCCAGUUGUGAAGUUGCCAAGACAGAAGGACCUUAUGAGACCUAUCAAGGAAGUCCAAUGAGUAGAGGAAUUUUCCAACAUGAAUUUUGGACCAUGAAAGGUGAACCUUUUGAAGGAAAGAUCAUCACGAGUGGAAGAUGGGAUUGGGAAGGUUUGAGACAAGAAAUUCUCAAAUAUGGAGUUCGUAAUAGUUUACUUGUUGCUCCAAUGCCAACUGCAUCCACCAGUCAAAUUUUGGGUAAUAAUGAAUGUUUUGAGCCAUACACUUCGAAUGUGUAUACGAGACGUGUCUUGAGUGGUGAAUAUCCAGUCAUUAACAGACAUUUAGUAUCUGACUUGAUUCGUUUGGGAAUGUGGAAUUCAAAUAUUGUGAAUCAAAUUAUUGCCAACAGAGGUUCUAUUCAAAACAUUGCUGGAAUUCCAGAUGAUAUUAAGGAAUUGUACAAGACUGUUUGGGAAAUCAAACAAAAGAGUUUGUUGGAUCUUGCCAUUGAGAGAGCUCCAUUCAUUGAUCAAUCUCAAUCACUCAAUGUCUUUAUUGCCACUCCAUCCAUCUCCAAAAUGUCUUCCAUGCACUUUUAUGCUUGGAGUAAGGGAUUGAAGACUGGAAUGUAUUAUUUGAGAACACAACCAGCUGCCGAUGCCAUUCAAUUCACUGUCGAUCCAGUCAUGAUGAAGCAAGGCAAUGUGACGACUGAUGAAAAGCCAGCAGCAAAUGAGGAACAAGUGAUUGUUUGCCGAAGAAAGAGAAGUGGACAACCUUCCAAUGGUGAUGAAGAAGAAUGUUUAGUGUGUGGUGCUUAG